AUGAAUCGAAUUAUUAGAAACAUAGCUACAAUGCAGAAAAUCCCAGCAGUUAUGAGUACAAAGCUCCUACACGAGCAUAUGAAGGCACAAGAUUUUGCGCAAAACUUCCGAAUACUUAAUGCAACAUGGGAUCUUCCGAGUGCAGGGAGAAACCCUGCUAAAGAGCACAUCGAUGCCAGGAUACCAGGAUCGGUGUUUUUCGACAUUGAUUACUGUAGCGAGAAAAGUACUAGUCUUCCCCAUAUGCUUCCUACUGCUGAGCAAUUUCAAGAUUACGUUUCUGACCUCGGGGUUACCAACAGUCACCAUAUAAUUUUAUAUGACAACCACCCAAAAUUCGGUUUGUUUUCAGCACCGAGAUUGAAAAUCAUUGAUCUUGAUUCAAAUUUUUCCAGAGCACUUAGAAUUGCAUGUGAUAAUCAAAUGUUUCAACUUUCUUGUUUGGAGAGCUGUUUAUUGUGCUUAAGUGAUUUAUUUUCCCCAAUCAUUUUAGGAAAGAAGUCUGGAUUCAUUGCAGAGUUUCACCCUGAAAUGGUUAAGGGUUUUGAAAGAAUAAAAGAGAUUGUUGAGGCAAAGAAUGCUUACCAAAUUGUUGAUGCAAGACCAAAUGGCAGAUUUCAUGGAACAUCUCCAGAACCCAGACCAGAGAUUCCUAGUGGUCAUAUGCCUGGGUCGCUUAGUGUUCCUUUCAUGGAAUGCCUAAAUGAGUCUCGAGAGCUCAAGUCAGCUAAUGAAAUCCAAAGUUUGUUUAAGGAAAAGGGUGUUGAUUUAGGCAGAGACAUGAUUGCAUCUUGUGGCUCUGGAGUUUCUGCAUGUAUUCUUGCACUAUCUGUUUAUGUUUCUUCAAACAAAGAGAUCCCAGUCUAUGAUGGUUCUUGGACAGAAUGGGCAACUAGGAUACCAGCCUUGAUAGAAAAAGAUUGAUCUUUCUUGAUCAUGAAUUCAGUAACAAUAAUAUGUUUCAAACAGAACAAAUCAAAAUUGACAUAGGCUGGUAAACUCUUAACAAAAACAAGAACCUAUAUAAAUCUUGUUUCUAAUUUUUGAUUAAAUUAUUUUGGAAGUUUUCAGCCAGGAUUAUAGUGAAUGUAAGUGGAAAAUGAUUGUAAGCAUGGGUAAAUAAUAGUUUUGCAUGUAAUGAUAAAUUGAAGGAGUUGAUUGGUGGCUAAGAUUUUUCUAUGAUCUCCAGUGCUGAAUACAAAA